UUGUUACAACACGGAGUAAACAAGCACCUGACAGUCUAUUAACGCCUCCAUUAGAGGUUUUGGAGCCGGGGUGUCAAUAGUCCGAGUGAACCAGCGUUACUAACCUUCGGGGUACCUUCAGUUAUUAGAUGGUAGAGUAUCGUGACCAGCCAACCACAGCUUAGUACUGCUCAGUACAAGGACAUAUUUAAGACAAGGAUCUGGUCUCGCGACAAACCCUUGUUAUUGAAUUUUGAAGGAAUGCACACUCGACAAGAUGAAAACUGCAAAUCACCUCAAUACAAAUCCCAUGAUGAAGACGAGUUUCACCAAGAGAAGCUGGCAGAAGUUAAAGAAUUUGUUGUCCAAGUACAGGCGAGGUCGGAGAGUUUCCCGCAAGUUUAAAAUUAACUUGGUGAAUGGCAAGAGAAAAACAAAGCUGAACAAGUAUGACGUGAAACUGGGACACUUACUGGGGACGGGCGGGUUCGGAUCUGUGUAUCUGGGAGCCUUCAGACAACGCGAUGUUGCAGUGAAAAUCAUGCAUAAACAAUGUAAAAACGUAGCGGCCCAGUUAGAGAGUUUUAAGGCCGAGCUUCACGUUCUGGACUUUGAUCAUGAGAACAUCGUGAGGACUUUAGCCGCUACCUCCAUACAAGAAUUUCACGAAGGAGCGUGGAUAGUGAUGGAGUACGCCGGGAAUAAAACACUGCAGACCCUGAUUAAUCUGGAAGAGUUGGGACAGGAGACGAGAAUCAAGUUCGCCCUUCAGUUAUCGGAUGCUCUCCGGUAUCUCCAUGAUAAUCACGUGAUACAUCUAGACCUGAAACCCACAAACAUUCUCGUUUCUGCCUGUUGGGAUGUAAAACUCGCGGACUUUGGCUGCUCACAGAAAGCGGAGGCAAACACUGGGCUAAUCAGCCCCACCCAGCGCUCCCACCUGACGGGAACCUUUGCUUACCGCGCCCCGGAACUUCUUAAGGGUCAGAUCCCCUCCUGUAAGGCGGACAUUUACGCUCUAGGUGUGACUUUGUGGCAGAUGUUAACGCGGGAAAACCCGUAUGGGAAUGAGAAUCAGCAUGUGGUUAUAUUCAGUGUUGUGGCGUAUGGACAUCGCCCCGCCCACCCGAACAUUAAGCUGGACCCUUUCGAAGAGUGUUACCGAGAUCUCUACACACAGUGCUGGUCAGUGGCUCAAUGCGACCGGCCCUCGGCAGAAGAACUUUACGAAACGCUCAAGAUCUGGACUGAACACAUGUAGCUGUUCACGUCGACCGUGAUAUGGGGUCAAAUUCCUGGACUGUGAUAAUUUGAGCGCUGUUUUUGCAUUUGGAGGCCUUUUUCUAUAUUUGCUAUUUUUUGUGCUAUUGCACGUUGUUGUUUUUAUAAUUUAUACAUGUAUUUAUUAUUUUAAAAUCGCCCUCGCACCACCUCGCGAUCUGAUGGUCGCACCUUGCGAUGGGUGGUGCGAGGGAGUUUGUACAAGUAUUUAUUUGUUUAUACAUUAUGUUGUUUUUUUGAGAGCCUUUUCUCUCUUUACAUUUUUUCACCUUUAUACAUGAUUGUACAUAGUUUAUAUACACUUUAUCUUUACAAGUGCUUUGUUGUUACAAAAUUUAAUAAAUGUUAUACAUGAA